CAAAGACGGCGCGCAGCCUGUGUCAUCCGCCAUCUUGUGCAGAGCAAGGUGGCCUCUACGUUUCCUGAGCGUCUUCUCCGCUUCUGUCUCGACCGCCCCUUGAUCACAGACAUGUCUCGGGAUCGGUUCCGGAGCCGCGGCGGUGGCGGUGGCGGCUUCCACCGGCGCGGAGGAGGCGGCGGCCGCGGCGGCCUCCACGACUUUCGCUCCCCGCCGCCCGGCAUGGGCCUUAGUCAGAACCGUGGACCCAUGGGUCCCGGCCCCGUCCAGGGUGGCCCCAAGCCCCCGAUCCCGCCACCGCCUCCGCAUCAACAUCAACAGCAGCAGCAGCAGCCACCGCCUCAACAGCCACCGCCUCAGCAGCCGCCGCCGCAUCAGCAACCGCCGCCGCAUCAGCAGCCGCCACCGCCACAAGACUCUUCUAAGCCCGUUCCUCAGGGACCCGGCCCGGCUCCGGGAGUAGGUAGCGCUCCUCCAGCCUCCGGAUCGGCGCCUCCCGCUACUCCCCCGACCUCUGGGGCUACCACAGGGCCAGGCCCUACCCCGACCCCGCCGCCCGUUGUCACCUCGGCGCCGCCCGGGGCGCCUCCGCCCGCGCCGCCGAGCAGCGGGGUCCCUACAACUCCCCCUCAGACCGGGGGUCCGCCGCCUCCACCCGCGGGGGGCCAAGGGCCGGGGCCAGGGCCUAAACAGGGUCCAGGACCCGGCGGCCCCAAAGGCGGCAAAAUGCCAGGCGGGCCGAAGCCCGGCGGCGGCCCGGGCCUAAGCACUCCUGGCGGUCAUCCGAAGCCGCCACACAGAGGAGGCGGGGAGCCCCGCGGAGGCCGGCAGCACCACCCACCCUACCACCAGCAGCACCACCAGGGACCUCUGCCCGGCGUGCCCGGAGGCCGCAGCGAGGAGAAGAUCUCCGACUCGGAGGGGUUUAAAGCCAACUUGUCUCUCUUGAGGAGACCUGGAGAGAAAACUUACACUCAGCGUUGUCGGUUGUUUGUUGGGAAUCUACCUGCUGAUAUUACGGAGGAUGAAUUCAAAAGGCUAUUUGCUAAAUAUGGAGAACCAGGAGAAGUUUUUAUCAACAAAGGCAAAGGAUUCGGAUUUAUUAAGCUUGAAUCCAGAGCAUUGGCUGAAAUUGCUAAAGCUGAACUUGAUGAUACACCCAUGAGAGGUAGACAGCUUCGGGUUCGUUUUGCCACACAUGCUGCUGCCCUUUCUGUUCGAAAUCUUUCACCUUAUGUUUCCAAUGAACUGUUGGAAGAAGCCUUUAGCCAGUUUGGUCCUAUUGAAAGGGCUGUUGUAAUUGUGGAUGAUCGUGGAAGAUCGACAGGGAAAGGCAUAGUUGAAUUUGCUUCUAAACCAGCAGCAAGAAAAGCAUUUGAAAGAUGCAGUGAAGGCGUUUUCUUACUGACAACAACUCCUCGUCCAGUCAUUGUGGAGCCACUUGAACAAUUAGACGAUGAAGAUGGUCUUCCUGAAAAACUUGCACAGAAGAAUCCAAUGUAUCAAAAGGAGCGAGAAACCCCUCCUCGUUUUGCCCAGCAUGGCACGUUUGAGUAUGAAUAUUCUCAGCGAUGGAAGUCCCUAGAUGAAAUGGAGAAACAGCAAAGGGAACAAGUUGAAAAAAACAUGAAAGAUGCAAAAGACAAAUUGGAAAGUGAAAUGGAAGAUGCCUAUCAUGAGCAUCAGGCAAAUCUUCUGCGUCAAGAUCUGAUGCGACGCCAGGAAGAAUUGAGACGCAUGGAAGAACUUCACAAUCAAGAAAUGCAGAAACGUAAAGAAAUGCAAUUAAGGCAAGAGGAGGAACGACGUAGAAGGGAAGAAGAGAUGAUGAUUCGUCAACGUGAAAUGGAAGAACAAAUGAGACGCCAAAGAGAAGAAAGUUACAGUCGAAUGGGCUACAUGGAUCCAAGAGAAAGAGACAUGAGAAUGGGUGGUGGAGGAGCAAUGAACAUGGGAGAUCCCUAUGGUUCAGGAGGCCAGAAAUUUCCACCUUUAGGUGGUGGUGGUGGCAUAGGUUAUGAAGCUAAUCCUGGAGUUCCACCAGCAACCAUGAGUGGUUCCAUGAUGGGAAGUGACAUGCGUACUGAGCGCUUUGGGCAGGGAGGUGCGGGACCUGUGGGAGGACAGGGGCCUAGAGGAAUGGGGCCUGGAACUCCAGCAGGAUAUGGUAGAGGGAGAGAAGAGUAUGAAGGCCCAAACAAAAAGCCCCGAUUUUAGACGUGAUAUCAAGGCUUUCAUUCCAGUUUGUUUUUGUCUUUUCUUGUUUAGAUACCAAUCUUUUAAAUUCUUGCAUUUUAGUAAGAAAGCUACCUUUUUAUGGAUGUUAGCAGUUUACUGACCUAAUAUUUGUAAAUGGUCUGUUUGGGCAGGUAAAAUUAUGUAAUGCAGUGUUUGAAACAGGGGAAUUUUUUUCCUUUUUAUUUCCUUUUUUUUUUUAACUGUAUAAUGUCCCCUCAAGUUAUGGCAGUGUACCUUGUACCACUGAAUUUCCAAAGUGUACCAUUUUUUUUUUUACUGUGCUUCAAAUAAAUAGAUAAAUAGUUAUAAUAUUGAUUUUCAACUUUGCCAUUCAUGCUUCUAUGCACAUUAGGCUAGGUAUUCCAUUUUGAAAGCAUGAGAGUGUCUAGACCUUCAAAUGGCACAUGCCAUUUCUGGGAAAUGUAUUUGUAGGCUAAGUAUUGCUUUCUACAAAUAAGUACCCCCUUGUUUUAAAACAAACAAAUGCAUACUGAAGUAGUUCCAUGAUUUGAUUUGUUUGGCAUUAUAGGAAGCAAGUGGUGCUAAGUACUUUCAAAUGGUUAUGUAAGCAAAGCUGAACUGUAAAUCUUCAGGAAUGUGUUUUAAGAUUAUGGAAUGGGUGUAAGACUAUUGGUAGGGGGAGAAAGUGGGUAUGACUAAAUGGAUCUUUGAUGGCCCUAUGAUCUAUCCUUUCCUUGAAAGUUUCUGAAGAAAAAGUGGAAAGAUAAUUUUGUUGCAUUCCUCCAUUCUUGUUUUUAAGAGUUAAGUCCCAAGCCCUACAAAUGGCUUGUACUGAACUUUUACAUUUGAAUUAAAGAUUGUCAAACAUGAAGUCUUUUCAUGUAUUACUUGAAGCGAUUUAUAAAGAUGGGGUUUAGUCUGAAAAAUUCAACUUGAAAGUAAGUAUAGGGAUCAUACAGUAAGUAGGUUUAGAUACAUAAUACAUUUGUACUCUUUUACAUCUUGUGCUACUUCUGUUGGGCAAGAUCUAUAGGACUAUAAAAAUCUACUUGCUCUUUUCUAAGAGUUAGUGGUGACUGUUAACAAAUAGGGUUGCAGAUAACCAUUCUUAAUUGUAAAAUAUUUAACCCGUUUUUAGUUUCCUUUUGAUGUAGCACUAAAUCUGGAGAGACUUGCUCAUGCUACACAGUACAAAUAUAAAUACCCCUCCAGCCAUAAAGCUUAGCCAUAAAGCUUGGGAGUGUUUUGAUGGUGUUGUCAGUUUUUUGUCAACUUCAUCGAACUUCCUUCCAUUAGAAGAAGAUAUUUUGACUUAAAGUACAUCAUUACUGUUGUCUGUUAGUACAGGGGGACCUGCUUUCCCAGUAUAUAUAUAUUGUGUAUAUAUAUAUAUAUAUAUAUAUAUGUUAGCAGAGGCACAGCUUCCUAAAAGUAGGUAAUUGAAUGGUUUGGCUUUGUUCUUAUGGUUCCAUUCAAAUUUGUACAUUAUAGAACUCUUAUUGUGGAAUGUGUCUUCCUCUUCACCUUUGUUCUUGGUGCUAAUUGGCAAAAGUAAAAUUCUAAAUCAAUCCUUUGUUAAAGUGCUGAAGUUUAGUAUUGUGCCUGAGUACAAAGGGGGAAAUCUAUUGUUGAAACAACCAGUACUUUUUGCAUAGGAAACUGAAUAAUACUAAAAGUAAAACACUAGUUGAGUAUAAAGGCAUGUCACCCAAUUCUGGUUGUGUGACUGACAGUAAUGGUGUGCUAAUUAAGGGAGAGAAUCUCAGAUACUGUUCAUUCUGUUCACCAAGACACCUGGAAAAUGGGUAGUUCUACCAUAAUGAUAUCAAUGAGAGAGUUUUGUUCCCAGUCAAGUUAUGAAUUGUUGAUACGUAUUGAGAUUUUCUGUACGGAAAACAAGGGUCUUGAUUUGAAAGGAGUCCGUUACAAUUUGAAUUGUAUGGUAGGGACUCCACUAAUCAUAAAAUAAGGGGUGUUCAUGGGACACCCAUAGAGGGUGAACUUGUGUGUGUGGGGGUGGGGGCUGGUGGGAAAAUGGGAAAAUCUGCCUAUAAAAUUAAUGUUUCAGUUUAUUUUUCAGAUUACAUGCCUUUCUUUAUAAGGGAUGCUGGCACAGACCCCUAAAAUAAGCUUGUGGUAGUACUGUACCUUUGAAGAGUGGUAAAAGAUGCUAAUGGAUAAUCUGCUGAAAGUUGUGGUUUUUGAUAGCCUUACUGUGAGCUGUAGAAUUGCUAAAACGUUGUUUAGCAAAUAAUGUUGCUUAGUUUCAACUAAGUUUUUUACUUUUAUCACUGAAAUAGUGUUCCAAGGGUUGUAAGCUACUCAAAUAGACUUUCUAUAAGUCUUGCAAUGUAUAUGAUAGCUUUUAGCCUAAUGUGGUUCAAGUCAUCUUAAAAAGUAGUUGCCUAAAAGCUGAUGCGAAACUUGGGGUGGGAAAGGGAAGGUAGUACUUUCGAAGAAUUUAGCCAUUUUUCUCAUUUAAAGAAAUCACCUGCCCCCAUUUUCCUCUUCUCCACUUUCUCUCAUUAUUGUUUUAAGAGGAACACAUCCUUUUUAAAUUUGGUACUCCUUUAAAAAUUGCAUUCUCUAAGAGAACCCAGGUAUUUAAUAGGUAUCUUUAUAAGCUUAACCCAUUGGCUCACAUUACUUAGUGAAAUCAUAAUCCUCUUUGCUUAGAACACUAAACUCCUUUAAGAACUAUAAACCCCACCACUCUUUAUAGUAGAUGUAUCAUACCACUAAUAUACACAGCUUAUAAUUUGGGAAAUUGUAAUGUUACGCCUGUGCAAUUUUUAUAAGUGGCAUAUUACGGCAGAUAAAAAUUUAGAUACUUGGCUUUUCUUGGGCAAGCCACUAAGUUGUGGCGGAAUGUUUUCUGGUGUUCUUGGACUGCAAUUAUGCACUAUUAAAGUAGUGGCCUGCUACAUAACUGCAUUUAGCCAGCAUUUCUGCAGUGCGUAACUGUGAGGAACGUAGUACCGCAAAUGGCAAUGGACAUUAGGACCCGGAUGUAGUAUUCCUGCUUGCUCCAAGAUUCUCAUUGCCGACUGCAUACAGGUAGGUAACAAGCAAUAUAAUCUAACUUGGUGACUUGCUAUGUACUUUUAAUCCGUGGGCAUUCUGACAUCACACUUCUGACAAUGAAAUAACAGUGCAGCACCUAACACAUGUAUGCUAAAGCUAGCUUAUCAAAACUGCGUGGGUUUGGGUUUAGAGCUGUAAUUUGUCAGGCAGAAUUCAGUGCUGUUGCAGUUCUCAGAUAAAAAGUGCAAACUUGAUUCUUUGGUAUAUCUGACUCAGUUGUGUGGUUUUCUUUAGUUGCUUUGUAACUGAAGAUAACAUGGAACACAUCAGUGGUGUGGGGGAAAGGGAACCAAACCAUACUUGACUCUCCUGCUAGAGUGCUUUUAGCAUCUUCCCGUGGACUGUAUAGCAUGUGGUAAUUAGUCUCUGUUGUAGCAAACUGACCUGCCCAUAGGUCAGCAAUAUCAGUAAUUUCAGAAUGCGAUCUUGGUAAUUAUUCUGCAGGUUGAGUGAAUUAAGACUAAAAGUACAGUUUUUUUGUAAUGUGAUUUAAAUUUUUUUUUUUAAUGGGCUCCACGGAAACACCUUUGUUACUAACUUGGGCUUAGAUGGGAAUCUAACGUGAAUAGUUCAAGUUACGUGAUUUGUCUAAAUAUGUCUAUACUCUAAACCUGGGGGAAAUUGGUGUGGCACAUUGACUUGCCUGCAGUUGAACACACUUUGGGAAUCAUUUCCCAAUCAUAAGACUUCGUCGUAUUCUGUAGCAUAACUGCAAAUAUUCAGAGUAGCUUUUUGAUUUUGGUUCCCUUAGCUUUAGGGAUGUGGUUAUAAUCCAAAAUAUUUAAUUACCAAAAAAUAUAUAUAUAUAUAAGACUUUAAAAACACUUUCUUUUGCUGGUUAGGACUUAAGCUUUGCAUCAACUGUUGUUCCAGACCUCACCUCAACUCAACUUUGGUCUCUGAACUGGUUUUUAGCUAGCACGCAUGAGAAAUAGCUUUCAUGUAUAAUGAUUUCUGCUCUGUAACUGGAAAGUUUGGUUUACUUCGUAUAAAUGUGUGAAAACUUCAUGACUGAGAAUUUUCUUCCGUUGUAUCAAGAAAAAUGGCUUGCUCUUUGGCAAGCAAUUCACAAGGUGGGGACAAAUUUGUACUUCAAUAUGUAGUCCAUUCAAGCAAAUAACUUUUGACUCUAUUAGAUGAAAGUAAAUGGUGACUAGUUUAGCUUCAUAUGAAUAAUACAAUGCAAAGCAAACAUAAUGCUAGAUAUUAGUGACAAUGGUGUCACUAAAUUGGCAUACAACCCUGAUGGGGUUUUCCUGUGGCAUAAUCCAUUAAAUCGGUGGCCAGCACUGGCUACCGUGAUUUAAAGAUUGUUUAGAAAUAAAAGCUCAGGUUCUAUUUCUUAACAGUCAUAACGAUUUUAAGAGAAUGUACUUGUUAUAAUAUGGACUUAAGGAACAUGAUUGGGGUGGGGGGUUAAUUUGCUUCAUUCCGCUUAUUUCAAGGUGACUAGGCUUUUGCACUUUCGAAUGAGAAACCUGUGACUUAAGUUGAUUCUUACUAGUUUUGAUUUGUACGUAGCUAUAAUUUGUGAAUCUUAGUACAGGGGGGUCUUAAAUCACUCAGUUAAAAAACUGGGAAUAAGUGGGUUUCAGUAAUAACACUGCUGAGGUGCUUGCAUUGUAUUUCAUAAUCUUUUCUUCCUACAAACCAAAAUUAUUAUUUUUAAUGAGGAUGGUCUGAUGUUCAGAGGUGUGAUGCCAGAAUGCAUUUUCGUACUGUUAGGCCAUUGGAACAGUUAACAGGUGCUUUCUGAAAGAUGAAAGAAAUGCAAUGGGUGCUCUUGACACAAGGUUGCAAAACCUACAAAGAAUGCACAAUAGUCUCACUUCCCAAAUGAAGAGAUGCGUGUGACUAGUUUUGGACUUUUAAACCUUAAUGGGGGUUGCAUGUGUCCUAUUGUUAAUCAUUGUCAGCUGCAGUGACAUGAUCCAUAGUCCUGCAUUUACUGCCUUUCCCUUAAUGAUUCUGGACAGGUUUUAGAGAGCCAGGAUGUUUGUUCUGGGCCUUACUUGGUUUUGGCUUUAGCUGAUAUGUUUCAGUGCUCUUGUCAGCUAGUGCAGUUCUCAAAUGGCUGCCUAUUAGGGAAAGAACUUGGAGGAUUUGACUGCUCCUAAUCAUCUGUCAUUGCUGCUAGAUAAUGAUUGGCAAUUUUUAAGACUCAACUGUGGAAAUCGCACAGUUGUUGGUAAACCAUCAACCAUAAAAAUGUUGUUUUGAACACCAGUGCUGAAAAGAUUUUAUUCCGAGGGUUGAAGAGGGAGGCUGGAUGCAGAAUAGAACAAUCUGGAGAAUGGGGGAAGAAUGCAAAACGAUAUAGUAUCCCUUAUGGAUGGUACAUGUGCAACAGGGACUCUAAUGCAUAUACCCUUGGCAGUAACUGAUAAUCAGGGAGAAAGAAAAACUUGAAUUAAGGCUGUUCUUUCUGGUUUUUGUGCACUGUGGCCCUGCAGGCAUAUAUAGUGAAGGUGAAUGUUUUCUCCCUCAGAAAAAACUCAGGUUCCUUGCUGUCUGGAUAAGGCAUAGCUUCCCUGCCCUAACUUAAAACUCAGUGAGGACUUAGAGGGAAAGAAUGAGGCAAAUAUAUAGGAUUGCAGGGUAACAACUGCAUUGUUGUGUACUGGGGAAUGGGGAGGGCACUCUUGGAGGACUGCUGAAGGUGGUCAGUCCACCUGAGAAUGGAAGGCAUACUUGAAUGAGGAGCAGGGUAUGUGCUUUUAUGAAAAAAGAGGCGAUGUUAAAACUUAUUUGGUAAGGUAAACGUUGUCACAUACCUUCACAUAAGGGAUAGUAUAUUUUGGGUUGCAGUCAAACUUUAUAUUGUGCUCAGACUGGUGGAAAUAGCAGUUAGGCUUUUGUAUUUUCAGAAGAUACAGUUUUCAUUCUAAUUCAGGUGUCUGCUAUAUUUAUGAAAGAAUAAUUUUAGAUCCACCCCCCCAUGAAGUUUCUUCCCUUUUUUUUUAUUUUUAUUUGUUUUAUUAAAAAAAAAUUGCUGUAACUUGCCCCCAAUCUUGGUCUCUGGAAUUUUACUCUUUAAAUUUUGAAGUUAACUAGCAUUUUCAAACCUUACACCCUUGUCUUUUAUACUAACUUUUUCUUAUUAUUCUUUAGGUACGAAUGAUUGAUGUUGGCUGAUUGGAGUGCUUAUUUACUUGAAGCGAAUAAGAUAUUUGUUCUCAAGACAUCACACAGCGUGAGCCAGCCAAGAAGGAAAGCCAAAACUUGGUAGACUGAGGAAGUGUCUAGGAUCAGGUGAACUGUCCAGGAAACCAGUGAGGAAGAGGGCAAAGAGGAAUGAACAGCCUAAUUGUUAAUAAAGACAUUUUUAAAUCAGA